AGUGAAACAACCUGCCUCAGGUUGAGAGGUAACCAGGUAAAACACACACAAGAGGUACGAUAAAGCUCUUGGAGCAGGGAGAGAGGACCUAGUAGCGACCAGCAGAGAGGCGGGACCAGGAGCCGUGAAUCGACCUCUAUAACCACAUAAAGCAUCUUACAGAUGAGCAGCAGCAACAAGUUUGACGAUCUACUCACCCGCCUGGGCACCGGAAGAUGGAAUCUUAUGUACUUCCUGAGUGCUGGCUACUGGUACCUGUUGCUGCCAGGCCAGACCUUCAGUGUUAUCUUUAUGGCGCCAGCACUCAACUACACAUGUCGUCCACCAGAAGGAAACCACACAGUACAUGUUUCUGAAGACUCAUGCUACUACUCAAUCAACAAGUCGUCUUUGGUGGGUGUGGAGGAGGAGGAGCCUUGUACUGAGUGGGACUUUGACACCUCUGUCUUCAGCACCACUCUCACCUCUGAGUUCGGGCUGGUGUGCGGGAAGGCCUACCUCCGAGCCACCUUCCAGAGCGUCUACAUGUUCUCGACCAUCUUCAGCUCUCUCAUCAAUGGCUACAUAGCAGAUAAGUAUGGUCGAAAAGUGGUGGUGGUGGUAUCAAUGGGACUCUUCUCUCUCAUCUCCUUGGUUCUGACCUUCGUCACCAACUACCAGGUCAUCCUAGCUCUUCGCUUCUUCAUGGGAGCUCUGUCGUCAGCUACUCUCUACAUGCUGUCUAUGGAGGUAUGUGAGGUGAAGCAGAGGUCGGUGGUGGGAGUGGUGCUAGGCCUACCGUGGGCCAUAGGAACUAUGUGUUGGGGAGCCUUGGCCUACGGCAUCAGAGACUGGAGAUGGUUACAAGCCAUCUCUUCCUUCCCCUUCCUCAUUAUCAUCCCAGUUCUAUU